AAAGUUGAACGUGUGGGUAAUAUUCCUCAUAAUGACAGUUUUGGUUUCGCUGAUGGUUUUGAUAUUGUCCAUAUUUUAAUUACUGAUUUGAUUGAUAAAAAUUCUGCAAAAAGAGAAGCUAAAGCGUUACGAUACAUUUAUAGUGAUCAUUUGAUAUGUAUAUUAAAAAUACUCAUGUAUAUUCAAGUAACCCGCUUGUUAAGUGGCUGGAAGGUAACGAGUCUUUCAAAUGCUGGAACAGACUUUGCUACAUCAAGAGUUGUAACUCAACAUUACAAUUGGGAAGAGUACAGAUAA